GACGUUGCAAAUCAAUACCUCAUUUCUCCAAUGUCAUAUUCCAAAGUCUUUUCUGAAGAGCAUCUAAGAGCAUUGAAAGCUCUCAAGAAUAAUGACAAAAUUGUUAUAUUGAGACCUGACAAGGGCUCAGGUGUGGUGCUGAUGGACAAAGAGGACUACAUCGCAAAGAUGAAAGCUGUGCUAAAUGACCCGUUGAGAUUUAAAGUUGACAGUUGCCAGAAAGAUAAGACAGAUGCAGUCGAAAAACGUAUCACAAACGCCUUGAGAGAUCUUCUAAAGAAGAAAUUGAUUGACAACAACACGUACAAUGAUUUGAAACCCGAGGGUCCCGCUUGCCACACAUGUAUGGCCUUCCGAAGAU